UAUGAUUCUGGUUGUCUGUUGUCUGAAGACCAACACUCACUCACAUAGACUCCCAGUGAGGAUACUUUGCGCUGGUUGAUUAGCGGGGCCUAGGUAGAGAGGCCGGCCGCUGGAAGGCUGUGGCGACAGCGUGGAAGCUAUGACGACAGCGGGUGUAUGCAUGAUGAUGAGAGUAUGCUUACGCGGCAUUUUGGCUGAGGUGGCACUGCAUUGCGUUGUGGGUGGUACCGAGGCUAAUGACGGGUCAUCGAAAUGCACGUCGGCCCAAUUGGUGAGAAAUCUGUGGGUGGGAGCAGCUAUCUCCAGGACAUUGGUAGAAGAGGAAGUGAUUACUGCUGCAUCCUACUUAGAGGGUUCAGCAGCUCGCUGGCUAAACGGAUUGGUAGCUUCAAAGGGCUUCGGCGGGAACAUGCAUGAUUGGGCGCAGACCCACACCUUGGAGAGCUUUAUGGACUUAGUGGAGGCGCGUUGGCACAAUCCUCAGCAGGCACGGAUUGCCACUGAUGGGAUUCUAAAGCUUGACUCUAGAAAGUACAAGUCAGUGCAAGAGUUGACCACAGCCGUAGAGCGUUUGAUCGUUGUCCCAGGAGUGGAGUACAAUCCACAGGUCUUAUUGACCACUUUCUUGAAAUGUCUUCCUACAGACAUCAAGAACUUGUUAGCCAGCGAGGCUCGCCGAGAGUAUCACAUGUUUGAGUCAUUUAGCAAGAAGGCCCUAGACUUAGAGGCUACGUUGGGUGGAGCUCAAACCCCUUCUACGGACGGAAGGAAGAAGAAGACUCCACAAGAGUGGAAGAAGAAGGGUAGUCGAUUGAUGAUGGUUGAUUCCGAUGGGAACCAAACCGAGAUCGAUGAUGUUUCCGAACUUGUGGAGGGUUCAGAGUUUGGCGGUGAGGAGAUUGUUGAGGGUAGCAACCUCGCCGCCGCAGUUAAGACUAAGGCAAGUGGCCGCGGGAAGGGCGGUCAACAAAGGAGUCAGGGGCAGGCCGCUAACCCAAACAAAAUAGUUGUUUGGGUUAGAGCAGGUAUGGAUCAAGAUGUGUGGCGGGACCAUUGGUCUCGUGGUGCUUGCAUUAACUGCGUGUUGGCUCAGCAGGACGGGAAGAAGUUGAGACCGGCCGAGUACAUGAGCAAAAAGAUGUCAUCAAAGAAGUUGGCAAAGUCCACCUACGAGAGGGAACUCUAUGCUCUCUACAAGGCACUUGUCCACUGGAGGCACUAUCUAUUAGGGAGGUUCUUUUAUCUGAGAAUUGACCACCAGACUCUCAAGUGGAUCAAAACGCAACCGGUUCUAUACGAUGCACUCAAACGCUGGAUUGAAGUCAUAGAUCAGUAUGACUUCAAACUAGACUAUGUGAAGGGAGAGUACAACAAGGUUGCAGAUGCGUUGUCUAGAAGGGCAGAUUACCUGGGUGCGCUGAUUUCUGAGUUUGGCUUAUCGGAGGAUGUAACUCGAUCUAUGGAGGAAGCCUACAAGGAAGAUCCCAUCACGAUGGACAUCAUGAACAAACUUCAGGCUAAAGAUAAGGCCACUACUGAUGAGUUUGUGAUGGUGGAUGGGUUGCUCUUUCUUGAGAAGGCAGGAUUUUAGAGAUUAGUUGUUCCGUCUAGGGAAGAUUUGCGUAGUUUGUUUUUAGGAGAAUGCCAUGACGCAAC